AUGUCGUCUUCUAAGGGCGAACAUUUGAAGGUGCGAGAAGGAGAUUUGAUUGACUUGCGCUUUAAAGUUGUGCAUGAAGUCGGAUGUGGCAAUUUUUCAAAGGUCUAUUCCUGUUAUGAUGUUACUCGACCUCGUUGUGAGAAGCGUGAACUUGUCGCCGUUAAAAUUAUUAAAAAGGAGUAUAAGGAAGAUGCCUAUUUUGAAAAGCAGAUGUUAGAAAUUCUUCGUAGUAAAGAUAAAGGUAACAAAUGUGUUUGCCGAAUGAUGGAGUUCUUUGAGUGGAAGCGGUGUCCUGUGUUUGUGAUGUCUAUUCACGGACCGUCGUUGCGUUCACGUCGUUUAGGCUACAGCGGCGGUGUGGUAACCCGUACUAAACUUGUCCAAUUGGCCCGUUCAUUGUUAGAAACAUUUCGGUUUAUUCACUUUGAUUGUCGAAUGGUACAUACAGAUGUGAAGCCGGAGAAUAUUCUCAUUGCCGAUGUGGAUACACCAAAACACUCUAUUGGAAAUAAUUGGGUGGUGUGUGAUUUUGGUAGUGCUUCCUUAUGGCGAAUGGACCGUUUAGAUGCAGAUCUUAUCUCUACAAGACCGUAUCGAGCACCGGAAGUUAUUUUAGGAAAUCCAUGGUUUUACGCUGCGGAUAUGUGGAGUAUAGGUUGUAUUUUGUUUGAACUCGCCACUGGACAACGAUUAUUUGAGGUUCGUGAUGAUCUUACACAUUUAUAUUUGAUGGAAAAACGACUUGGACCUUUACCAGAUAUUUUUAAGAAAAAAUCAAAAGAAUCUGCAAAGUUUUUCUCAUCUCAGGGAGAAUUUCUACGUGAGAGUGAUUUAAUACGUACAGGUAAGGUUUGUAUGAAAAAGAUAUCGGAUGUAUUACACGAUGAUGAAGAUCUUUGCGAUCUCAUCUCAUGUAUGCUCAUUUUUGAUCCUUUUAAGCGUAUUACCGCAAAAGAGGCUCUAAAACAUCAUAUUUUUAGUGAUAUUAAUAAUGGUCAAAGCGAAACUUUAGGCGGCGUUGUAAAGUCAACAAACAAAAAUGUGAUAACUGCUGGUGAUUCCAAUAUAUCAAAGCCAAUCAAAACGGAAGAUAUAGUUAAAUACCACUGGAUGCGACCAUAUGAUGAUAUUCAGUAUGGUGUUAAUAAAAAAGUGCCUAUGCGUGGGAGUUCUGCGCCGGCUACGUACAAUCCCAGUAGUGCUGUAGUGAAUGCCCAAUUAGCAAAGCGGGAAGUUAUGAAGAAUAUUGCAGGAGAAUCACAAAUAUUACUACCAGUAUCAAUACCACCACCACCACCACCACCACCAGCAACAACAACAACAAGUACAACUACAACAAGUGCAACGACAAUGAAGGAAGAAAAAGAAAAACAAAAGGAGGAAGUGAAAUCACCAUUACAACUGUUACCACAACAAGAAAAACCACAAGAACAAGAAGAAGUGAAAAAGAGUGUAGUAGAGGAUACUGUGAUUCCAUCAUCUCCCAAGAGAGUGGCUUUACCAUUAAGUGCAUCUCUCCGGUCUCGUGAUAAUUCUUCUUCACCGCAUAGAAGUGAACGAUUCUGUAAGAUGCGUGGUCUUCCUAUAGGACAAACUAAAAUGGAUCAACCAUCACAAACUGGUGUGAAUACAAAUAAUAAACGUGAAGUGACAAAUCCACAAACUUCUUCUUUGCUAACUAGUAUUAAACCUAUGAAAUCGGAUGUAACGGAGGAUGUAAGUAGUGGUAUGGAUAGUGCAACCAUUACAGAAAAUAAUAAGUGUUUUUCUCCUAUUUCACUUGGUGAAGAUAAAAGUCCCCCGCGAGAACGUCUUCAACCUUUACUGGCAGUUACAGAAGCUAGAACACAUCCAGCACGAGACUCUGCAGAUGAUUGUUUAACAAAUGAAGGAACUUCUGCAGAUACAGGUAAUGGGGAAACAGAUGUAGGAUCACCUUUACCACCCUCUGUAGAAGAAACAGAUGGAAUGAUAUUAACAUUACCAGUUGUUCAACAGAAACCAUCUGAAAGUGUUGGAACUGUAAAUGGAAAUUCCUUUGCAGCACCUUUAAGUGGACUUUACACCCAAACACCAGCAUUAACACAUGUGAUUUCAUCUCUUGAGAAGUCUGAAUCUUUACCUUCUGCGACAUGCUCUACUACCAUACAAAGUAGACGUACAAAGAGUACACCACCACCGAAUCUUCUUUCAUGGUCAGAACCGGGUGUACAGGAAUCUAUCACACCAAAGAAAACCAUUCCAACACCUCCGGUGAUUCCAAAAGAUACGGAAAAAAUCUCCAAUGUACCCAUAUCGGAUUUCCCUGGAAAGAGUUAUAAUAAUAAUAAUAACACUAAUAAUAAUAAUAUUUCCUCAAGUUCUGGUACUUCUGCUAUUACGGUUUCCAUGACAUCUGUGAGUACAUCGAAUAAAAACUCUAAUGGAAGUGGUCCCGUGCAAGGAACGAUUACACGGCGAAGUAUACCGAAUCCACCACCUUCACUUGCACUUCGAAAAUUUGCCCAACAAUUACGACCAGGUAUAAUUAAUUCUGUUGCUAAUAUGAAUCAGAGAGGUACAUCGCAAAGUGCUUCUAAACGCACAGAUACUGUUGGUAAAUUCCGACAACGCAGUGGAACACAUGUAAUUACCCCAGGAGUUCCACCCGUUGUAGAUGUAGGACGUUCACAUCGUGCAAAUUCACUUUGUAUUCCAUUAUAUCAACAGGGAUUACCAAAAGAAAAUACAUCUACAGGUAUUAGUGCGAGUGCCGUUGCGGGUAAUCGUAUCCAUUUCCCACAAGUACCAAAUAUGUUUGCUAGUAAAUCCCCAACUGUACCAGUACCGCCUCCUCGUCAAUUUUCUUCUUUUGUGAGUGGAAAGGCAGUGCAGGGAGCUCAGGCACCACAGGUACAACAAACCUUGGCAAACUCACGAGUGGUAAAACGACAAGUUAUUCAAAAAACGGCUUUACCACCAAAUAGUAGUGGUGUAGUUGUAAAAACGAAAACAAUAGAUCCACAGGAGAAGACAGAGAAAACAAUGUCUUCUUCGCAGAAUACACGAGAGAAAACACUAGUGGUAGGAGGAGGAGGAGAAGGAGGAGUAGAAGGAAGAAAAGAAAAUAAUAAUAAUAAUAAUAAUAAUAUUAAUAAUAAUAUUAAUAAUAUCGGUGGUGGUGGUGGUUCCAAUAAAGAAGCCUCACCUCGAGGAAAGAAUGAUAAACCAUACACGAAGGAAAGUGCAGGGAGUACAAGUGAUAAUCAGUUACAAUUACAUGGACCUUAUAAUGUGCGGCGCCUUCCUAAUGUGCAAGCACCGGAAUAA